AUGCAUUGCAGCUAUUCACAAUGGAUAAGCAGAUUGGGAUUGCCAGAGCAGACAUUCUCACAAAACUACUGGUUGAAUUCAGUCAAAACGAAAUCUGAUUGCCUCACUGAAUGCCGAUCUCAUCCACAGUGUAAUCUAUACACAUAUCAAAUUCUCGAACCGAAAUGGUGCAAUCUGUAUUCUGAACUGAUUGAAAACGCUACGAUAAAGAUCAUCAAUUCAACUGAGCAUAUGACUGGAGGAAGAGUGUGUUGUUGUAAGUUGAAAUCAUGUUUAUCAUGGUCAUAUUAA